AUGAUUCAACAACAAGUAUAUUUCUUAUUCUCAAUAGUUGUAUCUUUGGUGUUAGCCGCCAACUCAGCCACUCCACCAGUGGAAAUCAUUGGCAAUAAGUUCUUCUUUUCAGACAAUGGAACGCAGUUCUUAAUGAGAGGUAUUGCGUACCAACAAAAUACUGCAAACGCCACUGAUGUCUCCUUUGUUGACCCCCUUGCAGAUGAAGAAGCUUGUAAAAGAGAUGUCAAAUAUUUCAUUGAACUGGAAACCAAUGUGUUGAGAAUUUAUGCAAUCAAUUCUUCUUUGGAUCACUCUGGUUGUAUGAAAACCUUUGCUGAUGCCGGUAUUUACAUUAUUGCUGAUUUGUCUGAGCCAGAUUUAUCAAUCAACAGAGACUCUCCAGAAUGGAACUUAGAUUUGUAUCAAAGAUACACCGAUGUCGUUGAUGAGUUUGUCAAAUACGACAAUGUGUUGGGAUUCUUUGCUGGUAAUGAAGUCACCAACAACAAGUCCAACGCGGAUGCUUCACCUUACGUCAAGGCUGCCGUCAGAGAUGUAAAGAAGUACAUUUCCGAUAAACAAUACACCAAGAUUCCUGUUGGUUAUUCUUCCAAUGAUGAUUCUGAAACCAGAGUUGCCAUUGCUGACUAUUUUGCCUGUGGUUCUGAAGACGAAAGAGCUGACUUCUUUGGUAUCAACAUGUACGAAUGGUGUGGGGAUUCCACAUUCGAAAGUUCCGGGUACAAGGAUAGAACAGAAGAGUUCAAGAACUUACUGAUUCCUAUCUUCUUUUCUGAAUAUGGUUGCAACUCAGAAAGACCUAGAAAGUUCACCGAAGUCGGAACCCUUUUCUCGUCAGAAAUGACCGAUGUCUGGUCCGGAGGUAUUGUCUACAUGUAUUUCGAAGAGGAGAACGACUAUGGUUUGGUUUCCGUUAAGGGUAAUUCUGUUUCCACGUUGGGCGAUUUCUCCAACUAUGUUAAGGAAAUCAAAAGUGUGACUCCAAGUCUUGCUAAGGCAAGUUCAGGUGGUAGUUCUUCCACUUUGAGUUGUCCUGGUAACAGCGACUCUACUUGGACCGCCGCCACAAACUUACCUCCUACCCCUGAAAAGGAUGUUUGUGACUGUUUGGCCGGGACAUUGACCUGUCAAGUUGAUAGCUCUGUUUCCAAAAAAGAUUACGGUGAUCUUUUCGGCAUUGUUUGCGGUAAGAUCGACUGUUCUGACAUCAGCGGUAAUGGAACCACUGGUGUCUACGGUGCCUUCUCCUUCUGUUCAGACAAAGAUAAGCUUAGUUAUGUUCUUAACAAGUACUAUGAAGAGAAUGAUAAGGCUAAAUCUGCGUGUGCAUUUGAUGGAUCUGCGACAUUGAUGUCGUCAGCUUCCUCAGGUGGUUCGUGUCAAACCAAAUUAUCAUCUGCCAUGUCUGCUGCUUCUGAAUCGGCCCCAAAGACUACCGGUGGCUCUUCUGCCUCUGGAAGUUCAAGUUCCGGCUCCUCGAGCUCAGGCUCUUCAACAUCUACAAAGAAGUCUGGCGGUAACGUCACGGUAAAGGCUCUUUCCACUGCUGAAAUGUUUGCCAUUGUUACCAUAAUCACUUCCUUUGUAGGUGGUGCUUCAUUAUUGUUUGUAUAA